AUGAAUUCCGUACAAACUUCCAUCGGUGCCCUAAUGAGUUCGGCCUCAGGAUCUAAAAAAUUAACCAAGGAGGAAAUUGUUCAGGGAUUUGAUCGACUUUUAUACGAUCAAAGAGCUAUAGCAGCAAAGAUUAAUGAAUUAAAAAUUGAUCAGCGAGAGCAUAGGAUGGUUAUGAAAGUUUUGAGAGGCUGUGAUACAGAAAGAACAGGGUAUCGGCUUAUUGAUGGUGUUUUGGUAGAGGGAAAGGUUAAAGAUAUUCUGCCAGACCUUCAACAGAAAGAAGAAAAG